AUGUCGAGCGCAUGUGAGUUAUCGUCACAUCCCGGGGAGAUACGACAGGGAACUGUUGAGGAAGUAUGCGACGUUGCCUUGACAUCCGUCUCUCCCAAGCCGGACGGCGAUACGGCACCGAAGGUCGCCGAAAAGGCGCCUAAGGUAUCUAAGGGUGUAGUAGAUGACGAAGAGCUCAUAGAGCAGGACCUCUCGGAGGAGGAGGACGUUCUCUACGAGCCAUUUGUGCAGAGGUAUAGACCUGGUGUAUCCGUUGAGGUGAAGCUGAAAACAAUUCACAAGGAGACUGUGAAUGGAGUUAAGCAAGUGCCGAUGAUAAUCGACUUCUAUGCCGAGUGUCUAAAGGUAUACCGUGAAGAACGCCUCUUUAUCUUCGAGGACGGUUACCUCGGUCAGAAGCGUGAUGUGUCUAAUGAUAAUGCCGCUAAAGACCGCGCUAAAUCAAAUGGAUCCCAGGGUAACAAUGACAGUAAACCGGAAAAGGGCCCAGGGCAGGAACAUAACGGUGUGGUUUCCGAAAACUCAAGGCUGAGUGCGUUGAACGCUGAAGUCUCACUAGAUGAUGUUAUGUGGUUGAAGAAUCGCCCUAACGAUCCUUUGUUGAGGUGUAUACAGUCAAUUACGGAUCGACUUAACAUACAAGGUAUUGUUGGAGAUCCCGUAUCAUACCUCAAGGCUGGCGGUGACGAUAUGCACUACGACAUUGACGAUCCGUUUAUAGACGACGAUCAGAUGUUCAACGAGCUAAGUUUAUCGCGUGAUGAGCUUGUGCGCAAGAAACAAAUGGAGAGGGACUUUUCCAUUUGGAGUGAAGAUGAAGAUGACCAGGAGAACACCAUUGUACAGCCAACAAAUUUUGUGUCCCAGUAUGCAUCUAAGUUAAAAUCUGAGAUUGAAAACAAUUCGGAACAGAAUAAAGAAGUGGAUUUGUAUUUUGACCCCGUUGGGUGGCGACGUUACAUGGCCCGUAUACCGAAGCAAUUCCAUCCCAUUUUCCACGAGAUGGAAGCUACUUACAAGUCCUACGAAGGGUGCUUAUACAAUGAAGACCUGCGGAAACUCGUGCUGCAUCUUCUGAAUGCAAUUUUAGCGAAGCUCAUCAAAAUUCAGGCACCACGGCCGAAGAAGACACCCACAAACGGUGAUCCUGUUUCCACGGAUACUAAGGACCCUUUAGACGAACAGCUGCAGAUAUUCGAGCGUCAGGGUCUCAAUUGUGUUGGAAUAGGAAAGAUUCUAGGGGUAAAUGGUCGGUUUUUACGUUGGGUAGUUGCAGCUAUCUCGGAGGUGACCAAUGCUGUGUCCUGCCACGACAUACAUGAGGAAUGGUUGAAGCUCGUUUUAGAGUAUAACGAACAAACAAUAAACGCUAUGCGUGAUCGGUUAGCCCAACGGCUAAUACCCAAAGUUCAGCAGUUGAAAGAUAAAAAAGGGGAAAAGCUAUUCAACAAGCUGGCUGAUAACCUAAGGAACUUGUCGAAAAGUGUUGGGUCUGUUCGACGUCUUAUGCGUGAUUAUGAAGUGGCCAUAGCUGAGGAAUACGGUCUUUCAAAAGCCGGGGACCGCAAAUCCAAUAACGGCGAGAAUGGGAAAAGGAUUAAGGACAAGCCACAUGCACUUACCGAACCCAGCACACCUAAAAGAUUGGCGGGGCCUCCCGCGGAGGAUCUGAACUCAAAGGCAGAUAUCGUUUACAAUGGGUCUGUGAUGUCUCCUGGCAGUGCGGCUGUCAAUAGUGCGGGAAGGUCCAGUGACUCAAUGACCUUCGAGGCACCGGAGAUGGAUGACCCGUUCACGGCAUCCCCUACCCAAGGCUUCGCGUCAGAUAGCGAGAUAAUGUGUAUACAACAGUUUGAUAAUGGAGAAGGCGGCGUUUUAACGUUGGAAGACCUAAACACCAGCCAGUCGGAUUAUGAUGUGCCUGCAGCUACUACUGAUGAUGUUGAUAGCAAUGCAGAACCGGAAGGCUGUUCUUUCGCGUCUAUGAUCCGUAAUUGGUCUAUGUGGAGGCGUGUGAGCAACAUGGUUACCAUUUACAAGUAUAUAGCGGGUGACAUUCUCACAUGGGUACAGAUGAUCAACAUUGCCACUGCUACGUUGCUCACAAUCGCAGGUACUGACUUCAAGAAUUUGGUGGAGAAAGCAGUUUCAGUUCCAUACAUCUUCGACAAGGCCUAUAUGAGUCUUGCAGACCUGUUUUCUAGCGUCAUACAGGAUAUUAGUGGUGUGAAGGUACUGAUCACUCCGGAUGUCUCAAGAAUCAUUGUCAUGUACAUACAUGAGACUUCCUCUGUCCAUGAUCUUUGUGAGAGGGAGAACAAGGAACCUUUAGUGUUCUUUAACAACUCCUACAUAGCGGCAUCUCAUGGCAAAGUACAUCUUAGGAAGACCAAGAAAGACAAGCCGCCUUCCACUCCUGGGGCAGUACCAAAAGAGUCGGUACCCCAAAUUGUGAGUAAAAAGGGCCGGGAGAUAAAGGUGAAGACGGUGCAAGAUGCUGAGCCCGAAGCCAAGAAGCCCCGGGUGAAAAGUGUCACUCAAUGA